UUAAAAAAAAAAGGCGGUGUGCUCACUCUUGCUUUGCUGGUGGAAGCAUGAAGUGGUUCUCUGUGGUCUGACAAGGGAGUGGAGAUGUAAAUGUGUGCGGCCUUUGGCCAGAUGUUCCUCCUCAGGAGCUAGCGCCCUGGGUGGGAGAAGAUGGAGAAGAUGCUUAUGUGAAUGUUCCUGGUGACACGGGUGGAGGGCAGACAGUGAGCGCAGUGGUCAGGCCCUGGGCUGGGCGUGAGUUAAACAGAUGUGAAAGCAAUUCACGCUCAGGGCUCUCCUUUCACUUUGGGGCUACCUUUGCUCAGGAAGCCCAGGCUCUCUCAGCUAGAGACAGACUUUGCUGAGAGGCACUUCUUACCGGCCCAGCUCUGAGAACUGUCUCGCCAUGCUGUCCGGGGGCCAGCUCUGCGGGUAUAAGUCCGUGAGAGUCCUUCAUAUCCACAGUGUGUGGGUUGGGAUCCUGAAGAACACCUUCCUGGUGGGCACCUGCAUCUACAUAUGUUUCGCUUUGGUGAGUGACAAGCUGUACCAGCGGAAAGAGCCUGUCAUCAGCUCUGUGCACACCAAGGUGAAAGGGAUAGCAGAGGUGACGGCAGAAGUCGUGGAGAACGGGGUGAAGCGCUCAGUGCAGAGCAUCUUCGACACUGCGGAUUACACCUUCCCUUUGCAGGGGAACUCCUUCUUUGUGAUGACAAACUUUCUUAAGACAGAAGGCCAAGAGCAGCGGCUGUGCCCUGAGAAUCCCACUCGCAGGACACUCUGUUCCUCUGACCGGGGUUGUACAAAGGGCUGGAUGGACCCACAAAGCAAAGGGAUCCAGACUGGCAGGUGUAUAGUGUACAAAGGGAACCAGAAGACCUGUGAAGUUGCUGCCUGGUGUCCCACCGAGGCGGUGGAGGAGAAGCCCCCCCGGCCUGCACUUCUGAGCAGCGCUGAAAACUUCACUGUGCUCAUCAAGAACAAUAUUGACUUCCCUGGCCACAACUAUACCACGAGAAACAUCUUGCCAGGGUUGAACAUCAGUUGUACCUUUCACAAGACUCAAAAUCCACAAUGUCCCAUUUUCCGGCUAGGAGACAUCUUCCAGGAAACAGGAGAUAAUUUUUCGGAGGUGGCAAUCCAGGGAGGGAUCAUGGGCAUUGAGAUCUACUGGGACUGCAACCUGGACAGCUGGUCCCAUCGCUGCCGACCCAAAUACAGUUUCCGUCGCCUUGAUGACAAGACCACCAAUGAGUCCCUGUACCCUGGCUACAACUUCAGAUACGCCAAGUACUAUAAGGAAAACAAUGUUGAGAAACGGACUUUGAUAAAAGUCUUUGGGAUCCGUUUUGACAUCCUGGUUUUUGGCACUGGAGGAAAAUUUGACAUUAUCCAGCUGGUUGUGUACGUCGGAUCCACCCUCUCCUACUUUGGUUUGGCCACUGUGUUCAUUGACUUUCUCAUCAACACUUACUCGAGCACCUUCUGCCGGUCCCAUGUGUACCCCUGUUGCAAGUGCUGUGAACCCUGCGCGGUCAACGAGUAUUACUACAGGAAGAAGUGUGAGUCCAUCGUGGAGCCAAAGCCGACAUUAAAGUAUGUGUCCUUUGUGGAUGAACCCCACAUUUGGAUGAUAGACAAGCAGCUACUUGGGAAAAGUCUACAACAUGUCAAGGGCCAAGAAGUCCCAAGACCCCCGAUGGACUUCACAGACCUGACCAAGCUGCCCCUAUCUCUGCACGACCCACCCCCCAUUCCUGGACAACCAGAGGAGAUGCAGCCACUUCGUGAGGAGGCGACUCCUAAAUCCAGAGACAGGCCGAGCUGGUGUCAGUGCGGAAGCUGCCUCCCGUCCCAGCUCCCCGAGAGUCGCAGGUGCCUAGAGGAGCUGUGCUGCCGCAGGAAGCCGGGGUCCUGCAUCACCACCUCCCAGCUGUUCGGGAAACUGGUGCUGUCCAGACACGCCCUGCAGCUCCUCCUGCUCUACCAGGAGCCCCUGCUGGCCCUGGAGACAGAGGGCACCAAUGACCGAUUGCGGCACUGUGCCUAUAGGUGCUACACCACCUGGCGCUUUGGCUCCCAGGAUGUGGCCGACUUCGCCAUCCUGCCCAGCUGCUGCCGCUGGCGGAUCCGAAAAGAGUUCCCCAAGAGUGAAGGGCCAUACAGUGGUUUCAGGAGUCCUUACUGACGGCACAAGGCUGCAGCAGUCACAUUAACAUCACUGCUGCUAACACCUAGAGCGUCACCUGCAAAGAUCUGUGGCCAAAUUUUCAGCCAGAGGGAAAUGUGCCUUCCUCUCCCACUGCUCUGCACUGCUCUACCAACCAACCCACCAACCUCCACCUGGCCCCAAAGACCAGUGAUUCAGAUCUAAGUCUCCAUUCUGUCUUUAGGAAGUUGUGUGACACCAGUAGACCUUUAACAUUUGUAUUUCAGUCGCCUUGUCACACAACCUACUAUCUUAGAGCUACUGUGAGGACAGACUGAGAUGGUGUACGUGGACUGUUGUGAGUGUGUAGAGAGCUUUGCUUUGGAUGGGGAUAAUAUCCAACUAGCAAUAAACCCUUGGGGUCCUAGGUGGAGGACCCAGCCAGGAUUAAAGGUGCCCACAAACUGUUUGAUACUUACCCCUCGAGAUCCAAGCUUUCUGUCUCCUCUCCUUGAGUCUAGGAAGCUCUGGGGGCUUUAUCAAAUAGUGGACGUGAUGCUGUGUCAAUUUCAAGAUGUCAGUCUUAAAAGAGUAUGGCAGCUUCCACUUCCUGUCCCUUGGAACUCUUGCUGAGGGGGAAGCCAGCCCCAUAUGGAAUCUGACUGUCCUAAGAACACUCUGCUGGAAGCCCAAGCAGCCGCAUGGGGGAGGAAAGUGUCCCCAGCUCAUGCCACACAAGCCCAGUCGCCAAGCCUGGGUGAGAAGCAGCCUUCAGGUGAUUCCAGACCCUACAGACCUGUGCCUGAAACUCCAUGAAACCCCCACGUGAGAAGUGCCCAGUCAACCCAGAGAACCAAGCUGCUGUGUUAAGUCACUAAAUUUUUUUUUAAUAUUUAUUUUUUAGUAUUUUUAUUUUUUAGUUUUCGGCAGACACAACAUCUUUGUUUGUAUGUGGUGCUGACAGGCAAGCGCGCUACUGCUUGAGCCACAUCCCCAGCCCAAGUCACUAAAUUUUUAGGUUGUUUGUUACACAGCCACAGAUGCCUGGGAACACAGCCACAGUCCACACCUUCCCUGGUUCUGAGGUUCAUAGGGAGCCCCUUGGGAGUAUAGGUCUCUGUUGGACAGUUCUAAGAAGGCUGCAGACCAAAUCAGGCAACACACCAGCCCAGCCCGGGAAGCCAUCAAAUCCAGCUGUGUGCUACCCAACACAAUGGUCCGAUCACUGGAAAAAGCUGCCUUUGUGCCUUAACAUCCUAGACUCUGCAAUCAGUCAGAAUGAGUGCAGCCGGGAUGCUGCUUUCAAAGCAACCCACGCCCUAAACGUCACCAUUUCUAUACAUCAACCACCAAGGAUAUGAAGACAAAUAGUCAGGUUUGGGGCCUGUCUCAGGAUUUCCUUUCCACGGUUUUGUCAUGACCAUUGGCUAUUUAUUUCUAAACAACUAUUUCAAAGAAUUGUUUAGAAACCACUAUGAAUAGCAUUGAAAUACUAUGACUGGUGAUCUGUGAGUGCUUUUAUACUCCAAGACUUUACAUUUUGAUAUUUUUUGAAAAACCAGCAGCUUUCUACUGUAUUCAUGCAAAAUAGCAUAAAUAAAAACUUUUUUUGAACCAGGGCUUUAUCUGGCUUUAAACUCAGGAAUCAAAUUAAUUGUGCCAGAUUGAAUUUUCCUUUUUGCUACCUUUUCAGGGAUAUUUUUGUAAAGUUAAUUAUAUAUAACUUCAUACUUUUUUUUUUAAAUGAUGGGGAUUUGCACAUACUAGGCAAACACUCUGUCACUGAGCUAAACCCCAGCCCAAGAACUGAAAUGUUUUACUCCAAGAAUUCUAUGUAAGAAUUCUAUGUAACAACUGCAGGUUUCCAUUCUGAUGGCCUUUGACUCUUUCUACCUUAUUUUUGGUGCCUUCUUCGCGGUGUGUUUCUAUCACUCUGCUGAGGCCCCAGAUGGAGCCAUAAUUUGGAAUAGCAAAUAAUCACUGGAUCCUUCUGUUUUCCUUCAUCUUCCCCACGGAUGCUCUGGGUGCAACAUGAUGUGCUACUGGACUGUGAAAUGUCUGAACUUCCUACAGUACCUGGGAUCAUAUUAGUAUUUUUAUUUUUAGUCUAUUACAUACAGUAUUGUUGCCAAAGGCAACCGAGUGCAUAUUAGGUAGGCAUUAAUUUGCCUUAAGUGGGGGGCAUUCUUCUAUUAUGGUACACGCACAGCCUUCACCACUUCCCACUUCAUCCUGUGUCAGAGGGAGGAGGUCUGCUUUCCUGCUGUGGACAUGCUGACUUUAUAUAGAACUGAUAAUGGCUGGGCUUUACUCUCUUAAGGGACUCAUUUUUAAACCCUUCCAAAUUCUAGACUGGUAAUGCAGAUAUUCUUGAUCGUUUUGAUAAUUCAAAAAAAAAUGAUGGAUAACUUAUUUAUUUAAACCUUCUUUUUCUGUUUUUUUUUUCCUUCAGAAUAUCCCCAAAUCAGAGUUAACACAUUCAUUUUCACAUUCACUUAAUAAAAUAUUCAUAAAAAUGUCACUGGAGACCAAUGACAGAUAAGACUGCUGCUCUUAUGGGGAUAUAAAAAGAUGGACAUGAAUAAAAUGAUUCAAGCAAAUGCACAUUUGCAAUUUGUGAUGAGUUAUGAUGAAGAAGGCAAAUGAUCAUUUCAGAGUCUGUAAGAGAAGACGCUAAUGUAUUUGGGGAGAUCAUAAAAAUCCUUCUUGAGGAAAGAACAAAGUUUAGCUAAAAGCUGACAUAAGUACUAUUAACGAGGUGAAUGGGAGGGAGCAUUUUAGGUAGAAAGACUGGCAUGUGCAAAGGUCCCAGGGCAGAAAAGGCAUAGCAGGUUUGCUGCAUUUGAAGAAGACCUAUAUGACUGUACCCUAAAUAGCAUGGGGAGUACAGCAUGAAACAAGGACUUGUAGGCUACGGUAGAGUUGACUGUAUCCAAGGGACAGCCAUGAAGGGUUUUAAGCAGGAGCCUGAUAAAAUCAUAUUUAAUUUUUAAAAGAACUCAGAUUGCUAUGUGGGAAAGAAACUAGGAGUGGUGAUAGAUCUGGUUUAAACAUUCAUUUCAGCCUUUCCCACUUCAUGAAAAGUUUGCCCCAAUAUGCAGCCAAAUGGACUGAUUGUCUUUUUUCUCUUCCUCUUGGCAAGUCACGAAAAGAUCAGCAGUGAGAGAAAAAGGAGGAAAAGCUUUGGGGAACCUUAAUUUUCAGAAUAUUCCUGUCCCAGCUGGUGGGGAUGAGGUCACUUGCUGAGCUUUAGGCCAGAAGCAGGAGUGGACCAAAUGGAGAGUCCAAGGUCAGUCAGCAGAACCAAUGAGGUGUUCCACCUUGUGGCAGAAGACCUAAAAUUAAGAUCUCAUGUUACACAGUGCCUCAGCACCCAGGAGAACCAGGAGGCCCUAACAAGCCUUCACACAACUCCUCUCCCCAGUCCUCCCUCGGAAAAGGUCACCUUCUCAGCAGCCUGCCUCAUCAAACGGACCAGAUGCAGCUCCUGCUUCUCCCAUGGAACUGUCCCAGCGAACCAAUCACAUCCUCCUGUGGUGAUACCCUGGUGACACAAAGCCUGCUUCCCACUGGCUCUGCUCACUCACUGUGUUCCCAAGUACUCCUGCAGGCACGUGUGUCCUCUGAGCUGUGAGUGUGCGUGACUAAUAAAUGGCUGCCAUCUACCUGUCCAGCAUCGGGCGUUGUUUGCUCGGCUCCCCCAAAACCCCAGGGUGGGUCCCUCCUCCUCCUCACCAGUGGGGUGAGAAGAGUGAUUAAAACAUCCUUGAGUCCAGGCCAACCAGGAGCCCUCAAAAAUCAGAAGCUGGGCCUGCCUCUGCCCAGGCAUUGACAGCACAAAGCCAACGAGGAACCGUGGUCUCGCUGAAAUGAUCCAUCUGCGCCCCUGGGGGCGUGACUCUCUGCUGCUUUUAUGUGUCUCAGCCCAUAUUCAAGUCCCGAGACUUGUCAGUCAUCCUGGGAAUCCUGGAGGUCCUGAUUCCACUCCUCUCUUCUGAAUGGACUUGGAAACCACUCUCCUCUUGCCCCUUUGGUCUCCUAUUUCUCAGUCCUAGAGGGUUAUGAAUCACAUUUCCUAAUAAGUGAGAAUCCAUAGGGAGGAUUCUGCCUUCCUAACAUCCUGGGCUCUUUUAAUGAAUUAUCAAGGUCACGCGAGCCUGAGUCUACCUGCAUCAGAGGAAGAGAAGAGGUGGCCGACAAGGUGACUUGCCAUUUUAACCAAGUAACAGUUACACUGGACCAGCUUGGAUAAGGGUCAACGCAAACUGACAGGGCCUGAUGAGAGCCUGUUAGUGUGGGGUCACAGGGGUUGACAUUUUAUUUCCUCCAGCAAAUGAGAAGCUCCCAUUGGCCAAGAACUCAUCUUGAUUUUGUGUCCCCUACAUGCUUAUGUGAACACACGAGUACAGUGGACACUGGACACAGGCCUCCUGGCUCAAAUCCUGGCUUGGCCACCUAGCAUGGAGCCUCGGGUGGCUCAUCAUGUCUAACCAUGUGAGCGCUUAUUAUCUAGAUGGUAUCCAAAGGCCACUCGGGAGCUGCAGACUCAUACAUCUAGCCAGCUCUGGAUAUUCUACUCAAAUAGUUUAGAGGCAUCUUGAACAGGCAGGAGAGAGAAAGCACGGUGUCUGCUCCUUCACCCCACCCUCGUAUGCACUUCCAGAACUUCCAAGUCGCAGUUUGUAGUACAACUGCCAUUGGCUCAAUUUCCCAACCAAAAAUGCAGAGCAUAGCACCGCCAUCCCUCUCCUCCUCCCCAUUCUAUCAAUAUUAUCAGUUCCUUCAGCAAACACUGACUGACACCCUGGCCCUCGUCAGUGCUAGGGAUAAAGAGGAGAGCAGGCCAGGCCCUCCCUCGCCUAGUGGGGCAGAUGGCAAUCCACGCUUAAGGAAUUGGGGGUGAGGAUAGCCAGAGACCAAGAAUUUCACGAAAUGAGCAGGUGCAUGACAGGAACGAUGGAGUUACCUGGGUCAGGGUCAGGGACACUCUCCAAAGAAGGGACCUUUACGCCUGAUGUGAAUAUCAGGAAGGAGCCAGCUGUGACAAACUGGAGGAAGGGCAUUCUGGACAAAGGGACAGAAAAGGCGAAGUGGGAAAGAAACAAGUGUGCCCCAGGAACAGUGAGAUGCCAGAGUGCUUGCAUGUUUAAGACAUGGUCCCUGCCUUCUAAGUUCCGCUGAGAGCAUAGGCAUGGUGCUCUUCUUACUGCCUCAUAGACUACAUGAUUCCCUGUCACCAAAACAGAAGCUCAAAGAAAGGUGAAAUCCACACAGUCAAGCAUGAUCUCAGCAGCUCUGGAAAGCCUAUGAAAUGUGAGCGCAGCCUCGCCAGCUGAGGAGCCCGGGACAUUCAGCAGGAUGGGCAGACGCAUGUCUAAUAGGCCAGUAGCAUGAGCCAGGCCCAGAAAGAAAUGGCAGAGUAAAUGCAAACACACAUGGACCCGAGUCUGCUCCAGGAUGGGAAAACUGUGGGCGAGGGCUAAAGAGGGACAGACUGGGAAACCUUCAAAAGAAAAGGGCUGAGGUACUUGAGCCUGUUACAAAGUUGCCAAAGGCCAUUCCUGGGCUGACAGGGGACUGGAGGAAAGCAGUGACUUCAGACAACCGUGGGGAUGAUGGUCUAUCAGAAGUCUGCUGGGAUCACAUGGGAGUGACUGGUGAGCCCCGUGGACCACUGAAUUAGUGUUAGUGAUGGAGAUGAAGGGAAGAAGCUGGAAAAUUACUUUUAAAAUUUCCCAAAAGUCCAACAGUAAGAAGUUGGUUAAAUAAAUGAAGACACUUCCACGUAACAGAGGAGUACACAGCUAUUAAACAUGAUGCCACUAAAGGGCAAUUAGGAUGUUCGAGGCAGAACACAACACGAUGACCCUUCUGGCUUGAGAAGACUGUGAGCCUUAAUUAGAACUCUGUUUUUCUUGUUUGUUUUGUUUUUUAAUUUUCCUGCAAUGAUAGUUGUUAAAAACCUUUAACCCUGAAUGCACAAUUAAGGAAGACGAGAAUCACCUAGCUCCUCAUUGAAAUAUAUCAUGGAUAAAUACAAAUCAGUCUUUCAGAGAUGUCAGAAAAGGUUAGUAGCAUUUUCUAAAAUCCAGAAAUUCAACUUAAAAGCCAUCUUUUGAGUUUUCCCCUUUGUGAUUUGGGACAGGUAGCUCAACAAGACCUGACAUGGGACUAGCACUAUAUUUCUCUUUUCCUUAAUUGUAACAAAUAUAUUUUGAAUACAAAAUCUAAUGCUUGAGUUUGGCAGUUCAUCAAAAGGUUGAGCACAGAAUUGCCACAUGGUUCAUCAACUUCAUUUCUGGACAUAUGCCCUGAGGAACUGAGAGCAAGCAAAUAGGGACCUGUAGCUGAGUGUUCACAGCAGCAUAUGGACACCAGCCUAAAGGUGGAAACAACUCAACAGAUUAAUGGAUCACAAAAUGAAGUCCAUCCACGGAGUGGAAUGUUACUUGACCAUAAAAAGGAACAAGGUUCUAGCUGGGCACAGUGGGGCACAGCUGAAAUCUCAGUUACCUGGGAAGCUGAGGCAGGAAUACCACAAAUUCUAGACCAGUCUGACAGCAAGACCCUGUCUCAAAAUAAAAUUUAAAAGAGGUGGGGAUGUAAGCUCACUUAGGGAGUGCUUGCCUAGCAGGUCCUGGGUUCAAUCCUCAUACCCCUCUAAAAGAAAAGAACGGGGUUCUGAGACAUGCUACGGCAUGAAUGAACCUUGAAAAAAUGCUAAGUGAAAUCAGCAAGAUUCAAAAAAGACAAAUAUGGUAUGAUUUCACUGAUAUGAACUAUCUACAACAAACAAAUUCAGAGAGGCAGAAGGUUUGAACAGAGAUGAUCAAAGGUGGAGGGAAAUGGGUUGGGAGUUACUCUUUUGUUGGGAGUUACUAUUGUUUUACAGACAGGGGAUUGAACCCAGGGCCACAUGUAUGCUAGGCAAGCACUACCACUGAGCUCCAUCCCCAGCCACGAGUUAGUAUGGUUACAGAGCUCCUGUUUGGGAUGAUGAAAAAGUUCUGGAAAUGGACAACGGUGAUGGUUGUGCAAUACUGUGAAUAUAUUUAAUGGCACUAAAUUGUAUACUUUAAAAUGGUUAGAAUUGUAAUUUCAUGUCAUGUACAUUUACCACAAUUUUUUUAAAUUAAAAAAAAGAAACCCUUUAUUGCUUUGACAA